GUUUGAGUAUUAUUUGCUUUUGCCCCAUAACUUAUUUUGAUUCUAUUGUUUGUUAGGAUAGGAUGAGUAAAGUCCAAGUGGCCCAUUUCAGUAUGAAUUGAAUGGUACUUUCUCUGUCAUUAUUCCACCACUAUCUUAGGGCGAGAAUAAGUUAGGUUAUUGGCACACCUUCAUCCAAAAUGAAGUGGCACAAUAACCUAAUUUAGCUUAAGCUAAAAUAAACAGAAAUGAAGAAAUCAAAAAAUGAGUGGUAUGGCAACAACACAAUAGUACCAAUAUUUAUGAUAUUGGGAAUUGUUUUAUUUUUGUUGCAUACUAAUAUAUUGGUAUUUGUUUACAUUGAACUAUAUAGGCACAGAUACCAAUGUUUUCACCUUCUAUAGGAAAUUUUAUAAAUACUAAUAUUUGUACAAAGUUAACUAUGUGGGCUGUGGCUACAGUAUAAAUUCCAUCCAGGCCUUGUUCAUAUUUAAAGAAUAAUAGCUUUUCUUAGAGAAUCGUAUUGUUCAGUCUUGUAAAAAUUUUAUAGUUUGUUGCACCUGCCCACUUGAUUCUAUUUGAAAGUAAAAAAUCUCAAGUUCAAGACAACUUGAAAGCUUCACUAUUAUUGUCAUAUUACCGUAUAAAAUGCAGUCGAUUUUUCAGCUGUAGUUAUAUAUCGUUUUGCCAAAUAAUUGGUCAAUAAAAUACAUGUUCUGAGUCAAUUUAUAAAUUCAGUCGAGCAUUUUUGAGGUAUUAAAUAUGUAAAUGAACAUGUGAUGUGGAUGAACAGAGCAGUGUUAUCAAACAAUAACAACAAUGUUCAUUCCAGUCAGGACAGAUUUUGAUACAAUACCCGAAGGAGUUUGUUAUCAUUGUAGUUUAUCACACAAAAGACUACUUGAAGAAUAGAAUAUAAUGACUACUAUUUUUGUAAUAAUUGAUGACAAAGAAUGCCAUUAUGAAUAUCGAAUUCUUGGAAAGAAGGGUGAAGGAACGUUUUCAGAAGUAUUAAAAUGCCAGCACAUAAAAGAUGGAACAUACUAUGCAUGCAAAAAAAUGAAGCAGCACUACAAUGGGGUUGAAGAAGUGAACAACUUACGUGAGAUUCAAGCAAUGCGACGUCUCAAUCCUCACGCCAAUGUCAUUGAGCUGCAUGAAAUCAUCUUUGAUAAAAAGACUGGAACAGUGGCCUUAAUAUGUGAAUUAAUGGAUAUGAACAUCUAUGAACUAAUUCGAGGGAGAAGGCAUUAUUUACAAGAAUCUAAAGUGAAAAGUUAUAUGUAUCAAUUGUUGAAAUCAUUGGAUCACAUGCACAGAUGCGGAAUAUUUCACCGAGAUGUCAAACCAGAAAAUAUUUUAGUAAAGGAUGAUUUAUUGAAGUUGGCUGAUUUUGGUUCGUGUCGAAGUGUAUAUAGCAAACAACCAUAUACAGAGUACAUCAGUACAAGAUGGUACAGAGCACCCGAAUGCUUAUUAACAGAUGGGUACUAUACAUACAGAAUGGACUUGUGGAGUGUAGGAUGUGUAUUCUUUGAAGUCAUGAGUCUGCAUCCACUGUUUCCUGGGGCAAAUGAAGUCGACCAAAUUGCGAAAAUUCAUGAUGUUUUGGGCACACCAGAUGCCUCUAUACUUAAUAAAAUGAAACAUCGAAAUCGUGGAAUUAAUUUUGAUUUUCCUACAAAGAAAGGAACAGGAAUAGAGAAGUUACUGCCACAUGCAUCACAACAAAGCAUAGAACUUAUAUAUAAAAUGUGUACGUAUGAUCCUGAUGAAAGAAUAACAGCUAAACAAGCUCUUCGACAUUCAUACUUCAGGGAUUUAAGAGAUGCAGACAAGCGAGCACAUGAAGCCAAACAAGCGGCAAGAUUUAGUGAAGUAGCAAAUAAACCUGCCGCCGCAGCAAACACCAAUGAUAUCCCAUUGUGGAAGCAAAAUCAGAUGCAGAAGAAAAGGUCAUUAUCAGGAAGAAAGUCCAUAGAUAGACAUCAUCUGGGAUUUGAAAAUCAUAAGCUUGAAAAAUUACCAAAGCAAGCUGUUGUGAAUGCAAAAAAAGAUUUGAAGCCAGCGAGAUCAGACAAUUUUGAUUUACCAUUAGCUGAAGGAUUAGCAUCAGAUAUUAGAAUAAAUAACAUGAAACCCAAUAAAUCAUGCAAAGACAUAGCCUUACCAAAAAAAGGAAAAGUUAGUUUACUAGACUUUUUACAAGGCCCAAUCGGCGUCAAACCAAUUGUAGCUGCAAAAGGUAGCAGGCCAUUAUGGAUGCCACAGAAAAGCACUAGUUUUGCAGAAUCUCCUAGUUCAAAGAUACUCAAGCCAGCAGUUAUUAGAGAUAAAGGAAAAGGAAAAAAAGAGAAAUUUACGGGAGCAGUUUGUGCAUCAGGAAUUGUUGACAAGGAUGUUGUAUGUAAACCAGUCAUCCGUAAUGCAGAAUAUAACAAAAAAUUGAAACCGCUGCAGCAGAAAGGUUCUGAAGUUCUAGUACAGAAGCGUUCAAUAAAAUCUCAACUGGAGAGAAAAGUCAAGGAUCAUUUAGUUGGGAGGCGACAGCGCCGACUGGAACAGCAUCAUGCUCGUGGACAUCAAGCGAUCGGUGGAGUUGGAAAUCAUGGUGGAACAGGUGCACUGCCUCAGAUUGUACCAUUGAAUGGUACUGCUAUACAUGGUCCAUCAGCGUUUACCACAACAUCUUCGAAACCACCUUUUCCAUCCACAACCCUAGCAAAGGUUCCACUCCACCACAGUCAUCAACAAGGCGCCACUCUCCUACCAGGAAUACUUAAACCAAACAUGUUGGGUGCCAAACAUUUAUCAAAACAUAAGGUAAAGGCUACUGAUGUUACAACAAAAAGUAUGUAUGGACAUUAUCAACUACCUUCUAUAAACAGACACGUCUAUCACUGAUAUGGAAAAUACAAAACACAGGCUAUGUUCCACUUUAUGUAUACUUACAGAAUGAUUUAUUCAUGUUGAAUAUUCAAUACAAGUACAGAUGUGUUGCAUCUCACUCAAAUACUAAGCUUUGGUCAGCACAAAUUCUAAUAGUACUUAGAUAUAAUAUCUGAUUGACAUCAAUGUGGCUAUAUUUUCUUAUCUGAUAUAUAUAUUGAGAGCCACUUUGUCACUAUGUGGACUCCAUGCUGUGAAAAGCACUGCCAACUGGUUUAUAUACCUUGUUGACAACCUACAGAAAUCCUCUGAAACAAUUUGCGAACUAAUUAUUUUCCUAUUUAAUUCUUCUGAUCUGUUUGCAUCUGAUUAGUUUGAUAUACUAGUGUCGUUUUUUUUUGUAAAUUCCACUUUGAAUAUUCUGAACUGUUUGUUAUAAUAUUCUUGGUUAACUGGUCAACAAAGUGUGUGACGCAAGGGUCUUGGUUUGUGCCUUUGCUCUUCAUUAUUUAUGAUCAUCAGAUAUCAGGUACAGUCGGUCAGUCUGAAAACUAUUAGUUUUUCAGAUGUUGAAACCGAUGCAGGCUUCUAUGAUCAUAAACAGUUUAGUGGGUUUAUCCAUAUUCAUCUAAAAUUUCCUGAACCAUCCCUUUGGUUAUUGGGAUUGCGCAAUUUUUUUUGAACAAUUUUUUGUAUUACACUUAUUAGUUUUUCCGAUAUAUUUUUUGUAAAGAAUUCACCAAUUCCAAGACCUCUGUCAUUUUUUACCAUAUAUAAAUAUAUAUAUUUUAUACAUAAAAAUAACCGCCUUUUGCGAAUGGCUUUAUUUAUACGUUUAGCUCUGUAGAACUUCAGAAUAAAACUGUGACGUCGAACUCUUUA